AAUUAUUUUUGUGAAUUUGUUUAAAAAAAAUUGCUUAAACAAUUUUUCGACCACGGCACCGCCCGACACCCUGUGGAUAUGUUAUAAGGACCUCUUUUUGAGUAAGUUUGUGCAAAAAAAUCGAAUCGGAAUAAUUUCGCUAGCGGGGGCGACAAUACUGCCCGGUCUAACUGUAUCAUUUUCUAAACGAAAACUAUCAGAGUCGAUACAAUUAGUUCGCUAGUUCUAGUUAGUCAUAAAUAAGCUACCAAGUUGGAUGUGUAGUGUAAUACGAUAAUCGAAACAGAACUCUCUGAGUACGCGCGUCAAAUUUCAAUUUCCCCAUGCAAGAGUUCGCAAUAAUAUGCAAUACGAGGAAGACCGCUUGAACAAAAACAAAACAGUGUGUUUGUUGUAUCGCGUGUAUCGACACACCAGAGCACUCAAAAUGUUGUUUUGCUACUUAAAAGCUCACAAAUAAAACUCCGUUAAUUGAAAUACGGGCCAAAAAUCGACAUUGAGAUGAAUACCUAGUCAAUAGAAUUAAGUGUAGUAGUGUUUAUUAUGGGUAGUGAGAAUUGUGAGUAUUGCGGUACCACAUUGUGGAUGUGUAUAAGUAUCAGUUCUGCUUUUUUAACGGUUUUAGGAAACAGUUUAACCCUUUCCGCGAUCUUGAUGAGUAAAAAGCUGUCUUCGUUGAUAGCGAAUUACUUUGUUUUUAGCCUAGCUGUAAGUGAUCUUAUGGUGGGUGUUUCUAUACCGUAUCACAUGUUGUUUUAUACCAUCGACGAUUUCGGAAAAGUGAAAAUUAGGUGUCUCUUGCGAUUCGUACUAACUUCUUUCGCGUGUUCCAGUUCAAUAUGUAACUUACUAUUCAUCGCGAUGGAUAGAUAUCUAGCUAUAGUUUACCCCUUACAUUACGCUCGCUUCAUGGUGAAAAAGUUCGCUUACGUUCUUAUAUCUAUCGGAUGGGCGGCAGCUUUUUCUGCAGCUUUUGUGCCACUAAUCUGGAACGAAUGGAUUGACGGGGUCACGUGCGAAGUUGUCAACGUUUUUCCACACAACUACAUGCAAUUUAUAUUGCUACCCAUGUUCUCGCUAAUAUGGACUACCAUGAUUUUGCUCUAUACGAGGAUAUGCCAAGAAGCCUCGGGACAACAGAAGAAAAUAAGGGUGACUGGGUUUAAACAUCAGACUAAAUCAUUUCAGGUCACCCUGAUCAUCUUGGGUUGCUUCACAAUAUGUUGGCUGCCGUACUUUGUGAUAGUCAUAUACAUCAGAACUACAAGAAACGCAGAAGCAGCCACGUUAUACGAAGUGUUCUUCAAUCUGGCGAUGACAAAUUCUUGUAUGAAUCCCCUAAUAUACGCUUGGAAAAACAAAAACUUCCGAAAGGCGUUUUUGAAUCUCUUGAAAUGUCACCAUCCCGACAGCAAGGCGGAUUUCGUCACCAACCACGUACCAAGUAAGAGGAAUUCUGAUAACUGUGUGUGGAACAUCAACUGCCAAAGAGAAGAGCUAACAACAGGGACUGAACUAUCGACUUACGAUGAGAAAAUAGAACAUAAUACGGUUCAAAAGUGCGUGGAGAACGGUGCGUGUUAAAAGACUUGAAUUGUGUUAAAGACACGAUAUUUAAAAACAACAUUUGUUUAUUUAAUUUUGUUAAUUAUAAUUAUAAAAAGAGAUUAAAACUAA